AUGUCCUCCACGGCCCCAAGCAGCAACGCUUCAACGAGCGCACCGACGCCCACCACCGCAGCAUCAACACCUUCAAACCCACUGCUCGUAGGCCUCGAGGCCGUUGAUAACCCUGAUGACCCGGGGGCUAAGAAACAGUUGAGAUAUGUAGAUAUUGGUGUCAACCUCGGUGACCCCGUCUAUCGCGGCCAAUACCACGGCAAGAAGGUGCACGAGGAUGACCUGGCGGAUGUGGUGCAGCGGGCGCUGGAAGCAGGCUGCAGGAAGAUGAUGGUGACGGGCAGCGAUCUGAAAGAGUCUGAGCACGCUAUACAGAUAGCGAGGGAGUUUCCCGGCCUCUGCUACGCAACCAUAGGCGUCCACCCCUGCUCCGCGCACCAAUUCGACACCCACCCCGGCGGCCCCACCGCCCUCCUCGCAGCCCUGAAGGACCUCGCGCUCUCCAGCUCAGCGGCAGGAAAAACCGCAGGACCGGGAGCCCCCGCCGUCGCCUUCGGCGAGAUCGGCCUCGACUACGACCGCCUCUUCCUCUGCCCCAAAGAGACCCAACUAAAGUACUUCGAAGCCCAACUCGACCUCGCAGUCGAGUUGCAGUUACCGUUGUUUCUGCACUCCCGCGCCGCAGCCACAGAUUUCGAAGCCCUCCUCACGCCCCGCCUCCCCCACCUCCCCAAGCGCGGCCUUGUGCACUCCUUCACCGGCACCUUGGAGGAAAUGCAGCGUCUCAUCUCCCUCGGCCUCGAUAUCGGCGUGAACGGCUGUUCGUUCAAGACUCCCGAGAACCUCGACGUAGUGAGGGAGAUCCCGCUCGAGCGGCUGCAGAUCGAGACGGACGGGCCGUGGUGCGAGAUGCGGGCCUCCCAUGCCUCGGCGAAGUAUUUGGAGGGUUUCGUGCCGGCGGCCGAGGGGAAGGCGGUUAAGAAGGAGAAGUGGAGUAAGGGCGCGACAGUGAGGGGACGGAAUGAGCCGGCAAGUAUCGCGGCGGUGGCGUGGGUCGUCGCGGGGGUUAAGGGUGUCGGGGUUGAGGUUGUGGCGGAGGCGGCAUGGAGGAAUUCAGUCGAGAUGUUUGGGCUUGGGGAAGGGGGUGGGUGA